GACGUAGCGACUGAUGUGGCGUGAAAGCCUUUUUUGGAUGGGGAACGUGCUGGUUUGCAUGUACCAGACCUCAUCCAGCCGCAGGUCUCACAUGAGUGAGGUGCACUGGUCCACCGUCCGUGUAUGGCUACCGAUCCGCCGGUGACAAACCAGUCGUAAUUCAGAUGUAUGAUUGCUCUGAAAACAUAUCGGCAUUGUGUCAGCAUUGUUGGUGGGGUGGGUAUGUUCGACGCGCUGGCAUCGUCUCCGUUGCGGUGUUCGGCCAGGACGAACUCGGAUCGGAGCGUGGUGACGGCUGGUGGGAUCAGUGUCUUCAGUGAUGCUGUUGGUGGCGUUUUUACGUGAGGAGUGGGUUGAUCAUACUGUUAUUGCAGUAGAUACUGGGGUGUUCGACAGGGUAAAUCCCAGCUCUAAACGUCGAUUCAUCGUGCCGGAAAGCGCAAGAUGCUGGUGGUGUUGUCACAUCUUUCAUGCUUGGCGUUUCACUCUGAUCCUGACGAUUUCUGCUCCAGUUUUUUAGGACAGUGCGCCAGGCUUGCCAGUCCUCUGCGAGGCGUUCGCAGAUCUUUUUGUUUAUUUGCUGCUUGCCGGGAGAGGUCCUCAAGAUGUCCUUGUAUAGUUGAUUUUGUCUGAAGUGUCUACGAGCGCCCAGACCGACGCCGCUGUGGAAUAGUUGCUCGAUGAGGAGUUUGUCACACAGCCCCCUCGAAGUGGUCGCCUCAUCGCGGUUGUGCCUUCUUUAGUAUGGCAUGGGUGUUAAGCACACCCGCGGUCUUCUCUAUGUUAAGGAUAACUUCGGAGAGUUUCGCAUUUCGCUACAUGUCCACUUUGGUUUUGGGUAUUGUGUGUCCUGUCUUCCUGGCAUGGGGCGCACUGAAUUUCUUCGUCGUUAUUGUCAAAUUGAGCAUAAGCAAGCGGUAUCCCGAGACGCCGCUUGAUCGAUCCUUGACGACUUUUUAGUCAUGUGGGUUCUGCUUUACGUGUUUUUUUGCAACAUGCAUUGUAGAUAUCCUGCCCUAUCAUUUGGAGCGCAUAAAUGUUCCCUUUCUACCUUGAUAGCAAGGUAUACACACAGAUUUAACGUGUUCAGCCAGUAAGCAUUGCGUUUCCCCUCAAUGUUUCCAGCCAGUGGACCUCGCACAGCGGAGAGCGAGGCCGCAGACGCACUAUCAGCGCCAAAAAUCCACCAACCGAGAUUCCUUGCUUUUCCGCAAUCACUGUCAGCAGUCGCCUGUCUUUAACGACCCCACCGGCAGCACCUUCAUUUUUCGCAACUCACCCAGCGAUGACCAAACGGGCCACAGAUCGCCGCUCAACACCGAUGCCACCGACGGAAACUGGUGGGCUGAUAUCCUGCCGUACAAGCCCUCCACCAUUCCAGAUACCCUGGCUGACCGCCUGCGACAUUGCAGCAGCCUGGCACUUUCGCGAGUUGACCUGAACGCUGCUGACACUCGCAGUCUGGCCUCCUCGGUUUCGCGCACGGACCUCUCCCGUCGCUCCCUCAUGACACGCUCCUUAUUCGAGCCGCGUGCAGCCAGCCCCGGAGCACGAAAGGACAGCGAUGAUGAUGCUGAUGAGGACAAUAAUCAGCUGGCCGCCCCAACCAUCACCACAACUGUGGCGGAGGGGUCACUGCGUCCGCAGCCCAUCGGACCGCAACUGCUGCGUCAGCGCUCGACUCGUCCGCGUCCUGUUAGCUACCACGAUUCCGGUCGUGCCUUCACACCUGCCCCAGUGGCCCAGUUGCCCUCCCUGGAACACCUCUCCCGGGGCCGGAGACGACUGCCCAAGGUGCCACCAGCGCCGACGGAACCAUGCAAUCUUCAGGACCUUCUCAAUUUCACCGCUGUCGCUGUUCCACCCCCCUGCGAGAGCCCACUCCUAACACCCUAUUGUCGUCUUCGGGUUCUCCGAGGCAAUGCUUGUACAUCAACAGCGGCGGUGGCUACAGUGCCGACUGACGCUUCGACUUCUGUCCUUCGGCCCUAG